CGUGGUCAGCUCGGGUGAAAUGUCCUUUAAGCUCCAAAAUGCUCCAAAGUCAUAGAUUUACUCUGAAAUGCACCUGAACCUGAAAACAUACCUAGAAGAGUAGAAAACAUAGAUAUAUAUAUAUAGUAAAACACCUAUAUACCAUGGAUAAAAAUGGGUCAAAUCCAAGGUAUAUCAAAUAUGCGAGAGUUGAGAUCUUAGAUCUAGUAAUUGAUAAUCUAAACAUGCGAGAGUUGAUAGAUUAAUUCUUAGUUUGAGUUCUAGAAUAUCCAACCUUAGUUUGUAUACUACUAUAAUCAUGAUUGCCUGAAUAAAAACUCUAAGUCUAGCAAACCAUCCUUACAUCAAACCUCACUCAAUCAGCCGAGAAACUGCCUUGCUAACCAUUGCAAUUUACAUUAAAACUAUUAGCCUAGCUUAAUCAUAUAACUAUUAGAUCUAUUGUGUGCCCUAGCUCCCUGUGAAUUUGAUCCCUAAGUACUAAAACUCAACCUCUUAUUUGAGAGUAUAAAUCACUCUUUAGGGUAAUUUGCGUGAUAUCAAAACACAAACGACAUAUUUAUAGGAAAUUUUCAAAACUGGUAGGUGAAAUUUUACUAGAAAUUUAUGAGAAAAUAUAAUUAGUCAGCCGAAACAAAUAAACGUGUUACAACUAAAAGGUUGGUGCACUCGAGAUAUCGACGGUAAAUUCACGUUAAAUAUUUCGUCAUAAAGUCCUCAUUAUAUUUAUGUCUACUUUACGACGAAACAGUAUUUCCUCGUGAAAACCACGUCAAUUUGCGACGUUUUUAUGACGAAUAUUUGUUGUCGUUAUUUUAUGACGAAAUUAUGUUGAUUUGUUUUUUUCUCGUUAAAUACUCGUAAAAAUGACGUAAUUUUACGAGUACCAUUUUUCCUUGUUAAUUUUUGUCGUUAAAAUUGUGUUUUCCUGUAGUGUUUAUAUAUUAUUGUACUGUAUCCUCUUAUUUGAAGUCACCAGUGACAUUUUAAACUACCUCCAAAACCGUUUAAGAAAAAGGUUCCUGGAAAGAAAAAUAUACAUUAUCUGCGUGACACAAGAAAUUUGCGACAAAGUAAUAAAACAGAAUUGGAUGUGUAGAAAAACAUGCAUAAACAAUUUUGCAGAAGACACAUAACUUCCAAAUGAGUUAUCGAACUCAACAUAUUAGCCUAGGCUGAAAAACUUUACACGAGAUCAAACCCCACCUGGUCCAAAGGUUUUUGUUGCCUAAAUCAAAGAACAAAAUUUUGGGCUUUAUUUUUAUAAAAAAUAUUUACUCUAUUAAGACUGAACUACAUUUGAGAGAUAAAUAACCUUUCAUUCUUCCUAAUAAUUAAAAUUUGUGCCACUGAAUUAAUAUCUAUUAAUUGAUUAAUUAAUUAAUCACAAAUAAUUUAUUUUGAUAUAUUAUUCUCUAAUCAAAUUUAAUAUUAUUCUCUAAUCGGGUUAUUAUUUAAUCAAAUUAUUCUCUAACUAAUUUUUACAAUAAAAUUUAACAGAUCUAUUUAAAAUAUGACAUACAAACUUUAAUUUUUAUAUAUUCAUGUAUAUUAUUAUUUCAGUUCCUAUACAAAAUAUAAACUAUAAAUAUUUAUUAAAACAUAUAAAUUUAUAUGUUCAAAUAGGAUUUUUAACAAACCCUCCCCGCCCCCCCCCCCCCCCCCACAAUUAUGUUUAUUUCGGAUAGAAAUCUCUAAAUAAAAGAUUUCAAGAGAAAACCCUCCAAACUUACUUUAUCUUAAUGAGUUUUCUCCUCCGUUAUUUUUCCUGUUAAACCCAAACGUAGUGUAUUGGAAAGAUAGUAAAACAACACAAUUUUCUUUAUAAAACAACAAGAAGUUUACAUAAAAUGUCAUGUAAUUUACCAGUUUUGCUUUUAAUCUUCAAGUGUCGUAAGAAAAACUCCAAAUUGUCGAGAGAGAUACGAAGGGCAAACCCUACUUUCCGAAAGAGAGGGAUUUUGAGUAUAGUUGGAUUCUUGUGAGUAUUCGAGAGCGACUGAGUUCGAGAGAGGGUGAGUUCGUGAGGCAGAAGUCAGGUGAGAGAGAUCGAGAAGCUAUUUCCUGUGUGUUCGAAUUCGAAAAGUGAAAGUGAAAAAGUUGAUCCGGGAUUCGCUUGGACGAUGAACUGGUAAGUUUGUUUUGUCUAUAUCUUAGUUUUAUCUGUUUUUUUGUGAUUUCAUUGGGCUGAUUAUGUUUUUUGGUUUGAUUCAUAAUUUUUUUGUAAACCGAAGAAUUUACAUUUGUUUACAUGUUGGGGGAUACUGAGUAGCACAUGGAACAUACAAUGGUGGUGAAACAAGAUCCUGUAGGAUUGAUUUUGAAGAACCAACUUCAGUAUGCUUGAAAGUUGAAAGUAAAUAAUGAUCAUGAGCGGCGGUUUUCCGGAGAACAUGAAUAAAUUUUCUUAUUUCUCAUCUGGAAUAGUAGAUCAGAGUAGGAAAGAUGUAUGUUAUGAUAGAGAUGUCGUGGAGAUGGUGAACGCCUCUACUGAACUUGAAAGCAUAAAUAUUUUUGGUCUAAGAGCUGAUGAUCUUUAUCUUGAUGAUGUUCUCAUUGGAGGACAGGAAGAGGAAGAGGAACCGAGGAGUGAUGAUGAAUGGACUGACUUUUACAGGGAUGAUUAUGUUGACAGUGAAGCUUCAGAUGAUGAUGAGGACAGAGUUGAGUUUCGAGUGGGCCAAGAAUUUAUUUCACAACUGAAAUAACAAACUGUGAACAAGCUGUGAACCAAGUCAAUUUAUUUCAUAAUGCCAUGCAGACCUAAAAACAAUGAAAGAAUCCGUGAACCAAGUGAAAGAACAAGUUGUGAACCAAGUCAAACACAAGAUGAGCCAAUAGAAACGCUUCCACAGAAAUUAUUAUGGUAUGUGAUGCUUGUUAUAUCUAGAUAUCUGUCUUUUUUGUCGGUUUGAACAUGGGUAUGUGAUGCUUGUUAUAUGUGAAAUGUUCUAACUAUGGAGAGUCCAGUCAUAACAAAAGAACAUGCAAGCAAGGGCCAGUCAAUCCGCCUAAUCCACCCAAACCGUCUUCUGAAUGUCCUUCCUAUCAUGCCAACAUUGCAAUGGUAACAUUUUUUUUGUUUUCUUCAUAUCUCUUUUAUUGUUUGGGCUUUAUUCAACUUGUUCUUUGUUUGUAGACAUGUAGUAAUUGUCGGCAAACUGGACACAAGAAACGCAAAUUUAAGUUUCCUCUUGUGCCUAAGCCACCAAAUGUGAGAGUAGGAAUACCAUCUAAGAAGCAGAAGACAACCACUCAUCUCGGCAAGUCAGCCGAGUUAGGAGAAACAACAACUGAACUUGUAGAAAUAACCACUGAACUCUUAAAACCAUGUUUUGUUGUUUCAAAUUAACUAGGCUUAAUCAUGUUUUGGUGUUUGAACCAUGAUAUACCAUGUUUUGGUGUUUUUUUUUAACUCAACUUAUGGUCAUUAGAACCAUGUCUUAAUGAUGUUUUGGUACACGAAGAAUAUUGCUUGUUGCUAUGUGUCUUAAAGGAUCAUGUUUCUUGCUUCAUCCAACAAUAAGUGCAGAAAAUAUUGUCUUAAAGUGUAUGUAAUUAAACAACUCUUCAAACCCAACGACGGUCAUAAUUCUUGCCAUAAAACAAGUUAGAAACAACACUUGAAACACUAUUAAAAGUCGGGUCAUUUUUCGCAUUCAUUAAACGUUGUGUUUCAAGUAAACAAAGUUUUUCAAAAUUUAAUGGGACAAGAAACAGAGGGUCAAAUUCAUUAAGAUAAGUAAGGCUGGUUUUUUUUCUAUUUGAAUCUUUAGUUUAUGGGUUUCUACCCGUAAUAAACUUAAUUGGGGGGGGGGGGGAGAGUUCGUAAAAAGUCCUUUCAAAUAUAUAUAUAUUAUUAAAACUGAAGUACUUUUAAGAGAUAACCAUUCAUUCUUCCUAAUAAUUACAACUUGAACCACUGAAUUAAUAAAUAUUAAUUAAUUAAUCAUAAAUCAUUUAUUUUGUUAGAUUAUUCUCUAACCAAACUUACUAUUAUUCUUUAAUCGGACUAUUCUCUAACCCGAUUAUUCUUAACUAAUUUUACAAUAAAAUUAAACAGAUCUAUUUGUGACAUACAUCCUUUAAUUUUUAUAUAUUCAUGUAUAUUAUUAUUUCAUUUCAUUUCACAUAAAAAAUAUAAACUAUAAAUAUUUAUUAAAAUAUAUAAAUUUAUAUUGUGAAAUAUCUAUUCUAUUAAAACUGAAGUAUCUUUUAGAAAUAACCAUUCAUUCUUCCUAAUAAUUACAACUUGUGCUACUGAAUUAAUAAAUAUUAAAUAAUUUAUCACAAAUUAAUUAUUUUGUUAGAUUAUUCUCUAAUCAAACUUACUAUUAUUCAAACAUUACAUUCUAGAGAGAGGAAAGAUAUCAGAAAGACUACAUGUAUGUUUAGAAACCUGCUGGUUUAAGAGUCCAUGUGUUCGGUGAUCCAUAUUCCCAAGAUAAAACAUGCACAUUUAUCUUAGAAAUAAAGUUAGUAUAGGAGUAUGUCACAUGGUGUCUAGUAAGAUGUGAACUUGAUGGUCAGGUUACUAAGCCAAGGCUAAGUACAUAGAAGUGCCUCUAAAGUUGGGACUAAUUUGAUGUUUGUUGGUUGCAACACUGUAGAGGUGUUGGUAGUAGUUCUAAAGAGCUCGUGAGUCCCUACUUUUCAGACCUCUUUCACUGGUUCAUUCAAUGUUUUCUUGAGGGCAAACAAAUGAUAAGUAUGGAGGAGUUGAUAUACCAUGGUUUUUACCACUAUUAGGCCAUGGUAUAAGUCAUUCAUAGUCUUUAUCUUAUGUUUCGAGACUGUUUUGAGGUUUUUCAGGUCUAGGUACGGUUUUGGAGCAAUAUGAAAAUCAUGGAGCCAUUUAGAAAUUAAAGAGAAGAAAACCCGUAGAUGUGCAAGAAACAGAAGCCAGGGUAGCUGUGAAAGAAACAUAAGUCAGAGUUGAUAUUUCGAGAGAGUGUCGAUCAACACCUCCUUGGUGUCGGUCGACACCGAAGCGGUUUCACGAGGCCGACUCUAUUUUUUGUCCCAGAAGUUUCCACUAUAUGCAAGAAGAUCCCAUGACUUGAUUUAACCUAUAUAUUUUAUUUUAUCCACUGUUUAGGCUAAACUUUAUUUUACUUAGAGAAGUUUUGGAUAUAAAAUCAUAAGACUCUUUAGUGAUUGUUGGAACUCCAAUAUUUCUUACUCUUAUAUAUUUAUGCUAUUCAUUUUGUUUAUUGCUAUGUUUUGCAUGAUCAUGUCUGACUAGUCUACUUGUUAGAUUUUGGGUUUUCUUGGGUUUUGAUGAACUUAUAAUUUAUAGAGCUGAUAGGGUAACUAUAUUGCAUCCUUCACAAGAUUGUUCUCACUUCUUGUUUCUAGAAUAAUUAACUAGGAAACACGAGAGUGGAAUCAAGACCUGAAUUGAAACUUGAUGAGCUAAGUUAAUAGACACAUCGAGAGUUGGCCUAGGAACUUAGUGAACAUAUCAAAUUUGAACUUAAUGAUUUUUUAGAAUAUUGGAUCCACAACAUGUGUUGACGUUUAAUAUUUAAGGAAUCUGAUAGAAAUUACAGCGAGAGCUUAAUAGCUUACUUUUGAAUUCGAGUUCUAUAAUUGUUCUUAAUUAAACCCUUUUGAAUCUUAAUUGUUCUAUAAUUGUUCUGAUAAAAGGUUUGAAUUCCAUGGAUCUAGUGCCUUUCAUAUUGCUUACAACCGAUUUUAAUAUUUUUGUUUCAUUUACUGCUUACUAUAUUUUGCCUUGCUUAAUCAUUAAAACUAAGUAUAUUGUGUGAUCCACACUCUGUGUGGAUUUGAUCCCUAAGUGAUGGAAUCGAUUUCUUAUUUGAGAGAGUUUCUCUAGGGUAAUUUGAGCUACAUCAGUCCAGAUGAGUUAGUAACUCAUGCUAUUUUCGAAUGUCCACCGGCAUUUCAAGCAUGAGCUCUUUCGAUUACACCGUCUCAUCUUGAUAUAUUCCAUGUGUCCAUGAUAUAUACUAACAUGUACUAUCUUUUCGGAGGAAUAAUAUUAUUGAAGAUCCCAAAACUGAACAAAGACCCUUAUUCAUGGAAAAUUUGGUAUCUCUAGAAAACAAAAAAUGAUAAACUAUUCAGAGGGAUAGAUAGAGACCCACUUGAACUAACAUAUAUACAAAAGGAGAAUUCCAAGCAUGGUUAAUGGCAAAUCAGCCAGAGCCUGAGUUGAUACAACACCACUAAUAGCAUCUAAAUGUCUUACAAUUUGAGAAUAUAUGGAUGGUGGAUAGUUCUUGGACCUCUAUAUUAAUCUUCAAUGGUUGUGGAUGGGUCUAGAAAGAUAGAUAUGGACAAAUACAACUCAUGGUAUAAGAAAUCAAAGAAAAAGAUAAUAUGUCUUGCAUUCGGAGCUGAAAGCGCUAGUCUGGCUAAUGGACAUCAUGCUACAUCAUUCGAUAUUUCAUCUUUUUGAGACAAACUGUAAAAAUUUGACCUAGAUAAUAAUGGAACCUAAUGCAUGACCGAAUUUUUCGAGAGAGCUGAAUGAGAUAAAAGGACUGCAGAGAAGAUUCCAAGAUUUCAAGCUAUCCUAUAUCCAACGGGGCAAAAUGAAACUGCUGAUUUUUUUUAGAUAGAACAGCUCGUUUUUCCAUUGGCCACUUUGUUUUAUUGGUUAUUUUAUCACGGUUUUGACUACCCAAACUUUCUCAAACCUAAAUAAUAAAAUAACCUGUAAAAAACAAACUUAGUAAUAUGUGUAAAAAGAGUUAAAGAAAAGUUAUUUAAAAAAAAAUCGUGUUAGGAGCCAAAUCUCUAAGCAAUAAAAUAUAUGCCAUGCAUUUACUUUAUCGAAAAGUUGUAACAGCUAGCCUCUGACUUCAUUUUUGAAUUACCAACCCCCGCCCCUCCUCCCCUCUCCCUCUCUUCGAACCCUCCUAAGAAGGAUUUGUGUAUCCUUUAUAUACUAAAGCACAAGUCACCUAACUAAUCAGAAUAUGACACAUGGCAAAAACAUUUAAAAACAAAUAUUGAUACAAAAUUAUCUUUCUAAAAAUCACAUUCAAGUCCCGAGUUUUCAGUGACUCCAAAUACCUACAUUCCUAAAAAAAUUCCCAUUAUAAUCACCACGUUCAAAAAUAUGAUCCACGAUUUAAAACUGCCUCUAUACCUUCUUCAUCUCUCUUCUUCUCCAUUGCUUCUUAUUUUUCUUUUUUCUCUUUCAGAUAUUCGACAGAUGCAAGAAAAUCCAUACAUGUCAUAUUCUUUUAUUAUUUGUUUCAGCUUGAAAAUGGCAUCUGAGUGUUGAGUCUACUCCUGUUUUAAAGCGUUGUCAGGUAACAAUAAGUAUCUCUAACUCUUUUAUUUAUAAAUUAGUAUUUAUAAAUCUGUUUUUUCUAUUGCCUAAUUUAGGAAACUACUUGCCUUGCUUUAAUCCAAUAAAAUCAGAAAUGUAGGGGGAAUAAAAUAAAAUAAAAAUAAGCUUUAACAAGAAAGAAGUAUAUCAGGCCAAGAUACAAUCAAGCAAAGGAUAAACUCAAAUUACAGACAAAACGAAGGAGCAUUCUCUGAAAACAAUUGUAUCCUUACUUCUUUUCUAAAUAAUUCUCUCUUACUCUUUAAAAUUCUAUAUUAUGUUUUUGUAGCCUCGAAGGUGGUUAAGCAUUUUCAAAUUUAAAGAUGUGGAAAACAACAGCAGCAACAACCAAAAAAAAGUAACACUCAACCGAAGGAAAACAGGUAUCAACUAUCUACAACUAUGAUAAUGCAAAUAUAGUUUUUACAAAUUUGUUUGGUUUUUUGGUGUAAAAAAAUUGUUUGUUAUGGUUUGACAAUUUCACUAAUCUAUUUGUUAUAAACAGAGCAUUUUCGACUAUCUUAGGAAUUUUUAGAAAAAAAUUGUAUAUUUACGUACAUGUUUAAUUAUAUUUUUUAUUAUAUUAAUCUUAUCAGAACAGUCAUUAAAACAAUAAAAAUAAAAGUGAAUAGUUUAAGCAUCAUUUUUUUUAAUGCAAACAAAAAUUGACCCGUGCUUAGCACGUGAUGGUAAUACUAGUUUUAUUAAUAAACACUGAACGCUCUUCUUAAUUCGUUUUUUUUUUUUCUGAAACUGACACUGCAAAGCGAGAGAACUUAAUUCAUAAGAAACAGAAACGAAAGCGAGAAAUGAAUCUCUCUCACUACAUCAAAGACAGUAUUGAUCACUCCUUGGGUCUUCAGAUCUCAAUGGAGUCUCUCCAGAAGAAGCUUCGUACUGCUGAAGAAUCACAGCUGCGUCUCAAAGAUCAAUAUCUGGCUCUUCUCUCUAUAUUAAAAGAGAAAGAUGUAAUCGACCAAGCUAGGUCGGAAGCGAGUUUGAAUGCCCAUGCGUUGAAGAAGUUCAUCGACGAGAACCAGAAACUGGCCCCGGAAUGUGGAAAUCUAUUGAGCCAGUGUAAGAAAUGGGAAAGAGAGUGCUUGCUUUAUCAUCAAGAUCGUGAUGCGUUGAUGGAAUUGGGGAAUGAAUCUGAUGAGAGAGCCAGAGACGCAGAAGCUAGGGUUCGUGAUUUGGUAGACGAAAUUGGAAGAAUGUCUGAGGAAUUGCAGAUUCGUAAGCGAGAAAUUGGGAUUGACCAAGAUACAAUGAUGAAAUAUGUGAGCGUCUAUUUCAAAUUCAAAGGGGAGAUCUCCUGUGUAACCUUGAAGACAACAGUGGAGGAUAUAGGUUUGGCAAUGCUAGAAGAAAAGUUGUAUAAAAAGCUUGUGUUGGAUGAAAGUAAGGCAAAACUGGCAUUGAAGUGCAUGCCGAUGGUGUAUGGAUCUGAAGAACAGCAAAUUAUUCGUGAUGAUGAUGAUCUGUUUGGUUUCCUAACAACCGUUGAUAAAGACAACCGUAAAUCUCUUUUGUUAGUGGAGGAGAUGAGUAAAUCAGAUCAGUUAGAGAAGGUGUCGAGAGUGGGCAUAAGUUCGUUUGGUAUGAACUACGAAGUGUUGCAGGGAAAUGAUGAUGUUUAUGAUGAAAUCAGAUCGAAGGCCAUAACUCUGUAUGUAGAAAAUUGUCAAGCAAAUCAACAGAAGGAUCCGAUAGAUGCAGAGAAUGAUUUUAUGGAUACGGACACCGCAGCUGGGACAGACACUGCAACGGAGACAGACACUGCAGCAGAGACAGACACUGCAGCAGAGACAGACACUGCAGCAGAGACAAACACUGCAGCAGAGACAGACACCGCAGCUGAAACGGACACAGCAGCUGAAACGGACACAGCAGCUGAGACGGACACCGCAGCAGAGACGAACACCACAGGUGAGACGGGUAUGGGUGCAGAUAAGUAUGUUGAGCAGCCACCUAUAAAAAAAGCUAGUCAGGUUAUAGAGGCUUGGGAAGACGGUUUGGGUCUGUAUAAGCUUUAGGAGUUUCCAAGUAAGAAAGCACUUCAAGAGGUGGUCGAUAGAGCUGCAUUUGGUGAAUGCUUUCGUAAUGUUAUCAAAAAGUCGGACCGGAGACGAUUGGUGUUAAAAUGUUGUGAAGCAACCUGUAAGUGGAGUUUACGAGCUGCAAAGAUUUCAGAUACUGAAAUUUUUUCAGUUAGGAGGUACACGGGUGUGCAUACAUGCUCUCGGUCUAAUCAAAGUAAAAGCAGCAACAUCAAGAGGAAAGGCUCAGCAGAAUUAGUUGCAACUUUUCUCAAUGAGGAAUAUCCUGAAAAACUAAGUACUCCUGUUCCGAAAGAUAUCAUGGAUCUUAUAAAGUUAAAACUUGGUGUAACAAUAUCCUACUCCACAGCCUUGAAAGGGAAAAAUCUAGCUAUUUCUGAGUUGCGUGGUGGUUCGGAAGAGAGCUACAAGAUGCUAUAUAGCUACUUGUAUAUGUUAGAGACGGUUAAUCCGGAAACAAAAACAGGGGUGAAGUUGGAUGAGGCAAAUAAGUUCAAGUACCUCUUCAUAGCUCUGGGAGCUUGUAUUGAAGGUUUUGCAGCCAUGAGGAAGGUGAUACUUGUUGAUGCCACAUUUCUGAAGAAUGGAUAUGGUGGUGUACUAGUAUUUGCUAAAGCUCAAGAUCCUAAUCGUCACCAUUAUCUGCUUGCGUUUGGUGUACUCGACGGUGAGAAUAAUGCUAGUUGGACAUGGUUUUUCGAGAUGCUCAAACUGCUAUACUAGACUCUUCUGAAUUAGUAUUUAUGAGUGAUAGAAACCAGAGCCUAAUCGCGGCUGUAGCUAAUGUGUUUCCACAAUCUCACCAUGGCCAUUGUAUAUGGCAUUUGUCUCAGAAUGUGAGAGGGCAUGCUUGUAACACAAACAAAGCCGUAGUCGCAUGGUGAUUUAUGGAGUUGGCUAGGUGUUACACGGUGGCUGAGUUCGAGUCUGCUUAUGCAUCUUUUAAGGUGAGAUUUCCUCCAGCGUACAAGUAUUUAGAGGAGCAUACUGAUAAAAGCUCAUGGGCUCAGGUUUAUUUCCCAGGUGUGAGAUACAACUUGGACACUAGCAACAGUGUGGAGUCAAUGAACAGCGUCUUUAGGAACGCCAGGAGGUAUGCUUUAAUACCAUUGUUGGAUACAAUCAUCAAAAAGUUUUCAGACUGGUUUAAUCAACAUCGGAAGGACUCUGUGGCUGGGUCGAUUGAUACCAAACUGGUUCCUCAUGUCGAGAUUCACUUGCAUAACCUAUGGAGCACAGCUGAGAAAACACCAGUGCGUGAGCUUAAUAGUUAUGAGUUUGAGUACGAGGUAACCGACACUGAAAAUGGGAAGAAUUAUGUUGUGAACUUGAUAGAGAAGAGCUUUAGCUGCAAGGUGUAUGAUUAUGAAAAGUAUCCUUGUCUGCACGGACUUGCUGCUUACUUAUAUUUCCUUGAGGUUGAAGCUGCUCCUGGUCGUCAACGUGAUGUCAAGAUAGAGUAUCAUGAAUUGUGCUCGAAAUAUUACUGGACAGAACUUUGGGCAUUGGUUUAUUACAAGACCAUUUAUUUUGUGCCGGACAGGUGUGAUUGGAAUGUACCAGAUCACAUCAAAGAGCUUCAGAUCAUACCUCCGGAUCGCCUCAAGAGGAAGGGAAGAAAAAAUAAUAAGAGGAGUCCAUCUGUUGGGGAACGACGUAAAAGGACACAAAACAUAAGGCGACCAAGGCAAAGUUUCGGUUUCAGUUGGCUGUUGUUUGGAAUGCGUAGUAGUAAUCCCAGUGAAUCAAACUAGAUCUUCUUGUUUGGAUUUUAUUGCUGUAAUAAGUGAUAUAUUGGAAAACCGCGGAAAACUAGUAUAACAAGGUGUAACUAUGAUAGAAAUCGGCAUAAUCCGAAAAAUCCCAACUUCACAAGUUUUAAUACAGAAACACGGUCACCAAAAAUUAUAUAGCAGAUACUGCUUCUCAAAAUACAUUAGUGAAGAUAACAAAUAUUUACAAACCUCAUAAUAAAAAAAAACUCAUUGUUUCAUGAAAAAUAUAUCAUCGUAUAUAGUCUUUCCAAGAGCACUUUGUUAAUAAGAUCAGCUUAUAAAGAAGUAUUCUAUAGUUUUCAUGAUUUAAAAUAUGUUAUUGCACUAAUCAUUUAUGCUUACAUGGUAAUGCAGAAAAAUGACAAGUAAAACUUUCUUUAGAAAUUAAAAUUAUACGUAAAACUUAAAAAUGUUGAAAUCACGAAAAGUAGAACUAUGAAGAAAAUUGGUAAAACCAGAAACUUCAGUAUAACUAAGAGCAAAUAUUUCGGAGGAAGAAUAAAAAAGAUUUUCGCGCUUAAAUAAAAAAAGCCAAAAUUUCCAAUUAUUUAGGUCAAAAAGUAGAUUCCCAGACACUUUUUCACUUCCCCACCACUCUCUCUUUCUAAUCUCUCUCACCAUUCAUACACUCUCUCUUUAUCCAUUCUCUUUCUAUAUUCUCUGAAGAUCCACAGUUUUACUCUUUCCCUUUUACUGAACAUGACUCACCCGUAUGAAGAGAUGAAGAAGAUGAAGAAACACUACGACAUGUUAGGGUUCGUUGCCGAUGCCCAAUAUGGAAUUCCUACCCGUUGCCCAUGCGGUGGUGAAAUAAUGACGAAUGUUUCUCCAACUCCGAAGUACAAAUCAGAUUUCGAUACCUUGCCUGGGAGUAGGUACUUCACCUGCAAGAAUUAUGAGGUAAUUUCCGCUUAUCUUUGUCUUCGUUGUAAAACUAAGGGAAACUGAGAUAAACUGUGAUAUACUAUGGGUGAAACUGUGUUAUACUCUGGAUAUCUCUGGGUGAAACUGUGUUAUACUCUGGGUAUCUCUGGGUGAAACUGUGUUAUACUCUGGGUAUCUCUGGGUGAAACUGAGUUAUCAUAUGGGUGAAACUGUGUUAUGGUGAAACUGACUUCCACUCUGGUUGAAAUUGUGCAGGACGAUGGGUUGCACUUCCGUCAGCCAUGGGCUUUUGGUGUUCAGCAAGAAGUGGAGCGCCUAAGGGGGGAGGUGAAAGAGUUGGCAUAAGAGAUUGCUAAGCUUACGAGGCUCAUUACCUCGACCUCCCGUCCAUGAGAUUCUCGACCUCGCAUGUUCUGAGUUCAUGUGCUAAAAACUUUGUCUUUCGUACCUAUCUAUUUUUAUUAUUUCGGUUAAUACAAGUCUUUGUUUCUUAAGAGAAGACUCUACGAUUCUUGUUAAGACUUGUGUAAGUUUAUGUGUUCAAUCUUAUGUUAUGCCCAAACUUAUGUUAUGCUAAGCACUCUUAUGUUUA